AUGGCGAUGAUGGCUGGCCGUGUGCUGCUGGUGUGUGCCCUCUGCGUGCUGUGGUGCGGUGCUGUUUUUGGACACGCGAUGGAGGAUUACGGCAGUGAGGGCGGAGGGAACGGUUUGAGGCACACGAGUAAUGGUGGAGAUGACGGCGUGUCUCUAAAGGCGGACUGCGUGUUGUUAUCCACUCGAAUGGCAUUAAUAAAGGCGGUUGAGGCUGCGGAUAAUGGACAUGUUGAAUUGAGUGGUGUACCAGACCAUCUUCAGGAUACCGGGGAAUCAUCACCUAAUAAUACGGAGGGCAGUGCAGCGGCUGGUCCAGGAGGUCAGCCAGCAGGACUACUGCCGAAGCCCGAAGGAUCAGAUACAGAAGGACAGCAAGGAGAACCAGAAGGGUUGGAUCCAGCUAGUGGAAAAAAAACAGAUGGUAAGAGCGAUCGCAAGGACGGUACGGCAACUGGACCCCAACACCAAAGAGCUGAUCAAUCGUCGUCUUCUUCUUCACCUGGCAGCUCUGGCACUGAGGGUGUCAAGCGACCCUCUUCGAGAGCAAAUUCCGAGAGUAAUGAAGCCCUCAAUCACCUGCCGCAAGAAGAAAAAGAUCUUCGCGGUGAAUCUGACGGUCGUGAAAUGGAGGCCGAAGAAGAACCAAAAAAAACAGGAGACAAAAAAAAUGCAAAUCGUGAGGCACCUACAGAGACACGUGGAAGUCCAGCCAACAACACGGAAAUACAAACAGCAACACCACCGCCACCACCAGCACCAAUGAAUGGACAUUCCAGCUUUGAGGAUUUACCACCCAUGCAACCGCUACAACGCGUCCAAGACGACAAUACAGAAUCCAGGCCACCAUCACCCACGGCAAACGCUGAUGCCGCCAAUAAUGAUUCUGAAAAGAGCACUGAAAACGGCAUGCCGAACAGUGAUCAAGCAUCCGAUGCCCCAGGGACAGCAGAAGAAAAACAAAAUGAAAAUAAAGAUGCCAAUCCGAAAGAAACACCAGUGACGGCCACAGCCAUGAAAACUGCAACGGCAACGACUGGCGACAGUGACGGCAGCACCGCGGUCUCCCACGCCACCUCCCCUCUUUUGCUUCUUCUUGUUGUUAUGUGUGCGGCUGCUGCGGUGGUGGCCGCGUGA